GAGGGCAAUACUUGGAGGAGGGACGGCGGGUACGUGAGGGAGGAGGGUGACACUGUUCGUUUCCAUUGUUUGUUUCCAACAAGGAGCACCCUGCUGAGCUGCACCCGCAUCAUCGGGGAUGGCCCCGCAAUGCAUGAUGCCUGUGACGAUACUGUUGCUGGGCAUGGCCGUGCUGUUGGCGCCAAGCGAUGCAGGGCUGGGACCGGUGGGAGCGGUUACAGUAGCAGCAGCGACUAUCACCGCGGAGCAGCGUCUGGUCGCGGCGUUGAAGGACCCCAAGCUGUCCCGGUUCAUUUUGACAUCGGACGUCGCUCUGACGGCGUCUCUGCCUCCCUCCAAAAAGGACUUCACGCUGGUGGGAAGAUGCAGGGACCAAAGGGCAAGUUCCGAGGCUUCAGGAGCGAUGGAUUUUAUGUGGGCAUGAGCGACAUCCACUUCAAGAACAUGUGCGACACCAGGACGGGGGACGAUUACAGUGACGGGACUGGGGCCGUCGCGUUUGCGUUUAAUGGGAAGAUCAGGGCGACGAGGUGCGUGUUCGAGAGCAACAAGGCUUUGACCGCGGGAGCGCUGGCUGUGCGCGACUCGGCUAUUCUUGUGAGCGACUUCCAGUUCCGGAAUAACCGGGCAGUGCAGUUGGCAGGAGCGAUCAGGGUGUUCAGCGGCGGCGCCGGAACAGUCCGGAGGUCUGUGUUCAGCGGCAACUCCGCGGGCAUGAGCGGAGGUGCGGCUCGCGUAUACCAGGAUGGGCUUAAUGUCGUCGGCUGCAGGUUCCAUGGAAACUCGGCGCGGAAUGGCGAUGGCGGGGCGGUCAAUUUCGGAGGUGACAGCUGGAGUGUGAUCUCCAGGUCUGAGUUUGUGGGAAACUCCGCCCGCAAUGGGUCAGGCGGUGCCGUGGAAGUGGAGGGUGAAACAGCUUAUGACAACAUUAAUUUCUGUAGCUGCACUUUCCGGGGCAAUAACGCAAAGACUCGAGGGAGCUUCAAUGUGGACAUCUCGGCGGACACCCAAGUCACCUUCUGCAGGAAUAAACCCCAAGGUCUCCGCAUUGUCAAGCCGGGAAAGGCGGGGGUCAACUGCACUUUUUGUGCCAAGCCGGUCUAUUGGGACAACAAGGAGAGCGUUUGAACCAGGACGAGAGGAAGUUGGUCACCUUGGUCUGACUUUGCAGACGGAGAA